AUGAACACUCCCUCACUUGUCUGUCUAUUCCUCCUUGCUUCAAUCGCUGCAGCUCAGCAGCAUGACUCGGACACAGAUCAGAUUGGAUAUCCCGCUCCUAUGCCAUCAGAGGCCUUCUAUCGUCAACAGAGAACCAAUUUAUUGGAGACCAAACAGGAUCUCAUCACCAUGAUCAAUCAGCUGAGAGAAACCAUCUUCAAUCAGCAGAUGCUCCUGAAUCGUCACUAUGACAAUCAGCAUGCCAAUCGGCAACAAAAGUUCGCUUCGGAGUAG